AUGAACAUUAACAUGGCAGGAAAUACGGAAAAUUUAGAUGAUAUAGAUUCAUUGAUCGAAUUUUGUCCCGAAUCACCAUCUUUGUUAGAGCAAAAUUGUAGGAAUGUUACUACAGAAGGUGCAACCACAGCAUUUGAACUACAAUCACCGCCACCUACACGUAUAAUAUUCGUUUGUUCGCUAUGUCUUCGCCAAUAUGAUUUAAAGGAGGAUUUAAGGGGACACAUGAUAGAAUAUCAUAAAUGUGUACCCAUAGAUAAGGAAACUAAAACGUUGACUACCACAAAAUCCGAGAAGAACGAUAGCACCAACGAAACGAUGCCACUAAUAAUUACACCCGAAUUUAAUGAUGACACACAAGAGAAGCCCGAAAUGAAACCCGUACCUUUUAAAGAUUUUCGUUUGAUUCUGAGACAAUGCAUGAAUCUUAAAUGUACAGCUGGAAAUAGUUGUAUUUACAAAUUUGCCAACGCUGAAAAUCGAGAAAAUCAUAUUAAAUGUCAUGUACCGGGUAAAAACACAUUUAAAUGUUAUAUUUGUUCAUUGUCAAUAAAUAACUGGAGACGGUGUACUGCUCACUUGUGGAAAUCUCAUAAAAUUGAUGUGGAUCUACUUAAAUGCCCUGUAUGCGAAUUUAAAUCAUAUGCUUCUGCAUUAGUUUGGCGUCACAUGAGAGUUCACAAGAAAUGGCGUCCUCGAGUUAUGCGUUCCUUAAAAGCUGUGAAGCGUAAACGAUUGCAGCAAUCACAAGAUACCUCCAGCAAUCCGCCACCAAUAGAAAAGCCUAAACCAGCAGUGAGGCAAAAUAAAUAUUAUUCGGAAAAAACUUGUGAAAUAUGUGACCGGAAAUUUGUAAAUGGAAAAACGCUGUCGAAGCACAUAAAAACUGUUCACAAUAAAAUUAAGCCAUUCAUAUGUAAUGUAUGUGGCAAGAAAAUGUCACGAAAGGCAAGCUUAAUAAUUCACAUGCGUCAACAUACCGGUGAAAAACCUUUACAUUGUAAAUCCUGUAAAUUUUCCACACGAGAUCCCAGUGUCUUGCACAAGCAUCAAAUGCGCCACAAUAAAGACUCGGCUAAAUUGAAAUGUUCAUUGUGUGACUUCACCUGUAUACAAGCUAAUGCUUACAAACAUCAUAUGCGUUUAAAUCAUAUUGAGAAUUAUAAGAAAAUUGCCUGUGAUUUAUGCAAUUAUGUUACAGUUAAUGAAGAAAAACUAAGAGCUCACAAGGAAGAUCAUCGUAAGGGCUUGUUACGCAAAAAUGAGGAUUCACAAAGUGCAAUAAAACCCCAGAAGAGUAAUGAGGCAUCUGCCGAUUGUUUCUUGCCCUUGGAAAGUAUUGAUUCAUUACCACAUGAACCAGCUGUUGACACUGGUGGUGUUACAAUACCAGCACCCUCUGAAGAUUCACAAUUCCCCACCUAUUUCCAUACAAAUUAA